UCACAUGGAAUCCUCGAAAGCUCUCUUCCUGUGCCGUAGUUGACGUACAGACGCUGGACAGAGUUUCUCUCUCUCUCUCUCUCUCUCUCUCUUUCGAACAGUGGUCGGCGAUGAAAGGCCUGCGAGUCUGAGCAAUCCUAUUGAACGUCAUCGUUCUGGAACUGAGAAAUCCUCUUUAGGCGGAGGUGAACCAUGGUUGACACCUCGAAAGAAGAGCUGUUUCAGCUCAUCAAACGAUUGAGAGAUUUAAUCACGGUCAAGAUGUCAAACUUCAUAUCAAUCUUCUUACAGAACCUGGAUUCACGCUCUAUUGGAGCAGUUGCCGGUCUUGCUCUUGCAAUUUUCUUCACCUGGAGAAUGGUGAGAUUGCCUAGUGGAUCUCAACGAAGGCAACGGAAACGGCCGGCCGCUAUGCCUAGUAAUUCUGGAGUUAGUGCACCUUCUAAUGCUCCGUUAAUUCCUUCUGGAGCUUGUUCCACUUCAGAUGAUGCAAGUGCACAAAAUGUUGUAGAUGAGUUCUUUCAGCCUGUCAAGCCAACAUUGGGGCAAAUAGUUAGGCAGAGGUUAAGUGAAGGAAGGAAGGUUACUUGUCGCCUUCUUGGGGUGAUCCUUGAAGAAAAUAGUCCAGAGGAGCUUCAGAAACAAGCAACAGUAAGGUCUUCUGUGCUGGAAGUAUUGUUGGAGAUAACAAAAUUUUGUGAUCUAUAUCUCAUGGAACGAGUUUUGGAUGAUGAAAGCGAGAAAAGAGUUCUUGUGGCAUUGGAAGAUGCUGGGGUUUUCACUUCUGGCGGUUUGGUCAAGGAUAAGGUCCUCUUCUGCAGCACGGAGAAUGGAAGGUCAUCAUUUGUUCGGCAGUUGGAACCAGAUUGGCACAUUGACACAAAUCCUGAAGUUAUAACUCAAUUAGCCAGGUUUAUCAAGUACCAAGUUCAUGUCUCUCCCGUCAGAAUCGAACGAACUGCUGCAAAUGUGUUCGGUGCCUCAUCCCUGGAACAUUUCUUUGGAUCUAUAUGAGACUUGAACCCCUAAAACACGAAUUUCUCCUGUGUACCUGCGUCUUGAAUUCCAUAGUUACCAUAAAAAUUUUUAGUUUGCCUGGAAAUCUUUGGACACUUGGUAGUUUUCUUCAAGCUUAAUAGGUGCUCACCUAAGGUUGUCAGAUGAGUGGACUACUGUGUAUCUAUAUGACGCUUUUAAAGAGGCUUCUGUUGUGUUUUUUUAACCUAUUGGAUUUGAAAUUUGUGCAUGAGACUGGAUCGCAGACAUUCUUCCCCCUACCCAAGUGUCAAUUGUGUCGACUGUUUGAUAUCUGUAUUUGAUCAAUCACUAAUCAGUCAAAUGGUGUGUCGUUGUGGACAAUCAUUAAUCUUUAGUGGAUAUUGUUACGUCGCUUUGGUGCAGGCGUUUGUACA